ACCAUCAGACGGUGUUCAGACAGGAGGCAUGGGACUGUGGAAUCACCGAGGGGGGGGAACUCUUCUCCAAAACAACACAAACACAGGGAAAGAAGUCUUAUCCAGCCAGAAGAAAUUCAAUGGAGCUUUACUUUUACACGUGUAUUGAUUUCUACUCAGUAAAAGACCGAACGAGAAGACUUAAAUGACAGCUGAAGUUAUCCGUGCUUUUUUGAUACCUAGGGCAAAGUGCCACACCUUCGCUUAGCGCAACAGCUCCACUACACAGCUGGCCAAAUGGGGUGCCAAUGCUGCAGGAUGAUAAAGAGCUACAUGUACGACCCCUCGGUGGCGGUGGAUGUGAGGAAGACGGACUCUGCCAGCAGCUCGCUCUACCAGCCGCACCAACUCCCCCGCUGCGACCCGCUGCAGAAGCAGAAGCAGGGCUUCAACAACCUGGGCUACAGCAAGUCCAACGACAGCACGCUGAAACUGGAGGUGGACAACAACCACGUCAACCACAGGCUGCACUCACAACCCAACGAGCCCCACAGGCAGGCGACAGAUGGAGGUCUGUACAUCAUCCAGCCAGAAGCUAUGGGACCCAGGUGGGUGAUGCAGGAAAGAGGCCAGAGCCAAGUCCCCGUUUACCCCAACAGACAGGAGAACCAGAGGAGCUUCUCCGAGCAGGAACGCCAUGUGACGAAGAGCAGGUGGGACAACGGCGUAACGGAGUGUGUGAUUGGCAGAGAGAGCCUGUCAGCAGACGAGAUAGACGAGGGAGUGGGCGGGACUCCGGAGUACCUGUGUGACACGGGGGACGAAGGGAGCGUCCUGUCGGUGGACCUCCAGACCAGCACCACCAGCCUGUCCUCCGCCGACACCAGGGACGGGCUCCGACUGCCCAAGGGUCUGGACGUUUCAACGGUGGAGAGCGGGAUCUCGGUGAUGAAGAGCGAGGACGAGGAGGAGGAGGAGGAAGGGGAGGUGCAUAGCGUCAUGGACUCGAUGGUGGCAGAGGCUCUGGCUGCUCUAGAGGCUGCGACGGCCGGGGAGGAGUACGAGUGACAGGACACCUCACAAAAAUGUCCCAAAUUGGGAUCAAUUAAGUACUCUCUUAUCUCUUAUCUUAUCACCAAAAAACUCACGGACCUGAAUGCAACUUGACGGUGUGUUCAAAACCACCACGUAACUUUAAAGAUCAUGGAACGAAUGAAGGAAAACUAAAUAAGUACAGAUUUAUUUUUGAACUCAAAAUCUUGUAUAUUUUUUUAUUUUGGACACUUUGACAGAAGAUGUUUGCCUUGUGAAGAAGGCAACUUUUCAAAUGCCACGAGUGAGAGGUUUGUAGACGAUAGAUAUCAGACCUUUUAAAUGAAGUGUGUUUAACACUCCACAGUCCUAACAUGUGCUCAAUCACUGCUUUGCCAUGUCCAUACUGCCCUUUUACAGGUGGAUGUUUGCUUCAUUCUGGAGCAUAGCUAUGCUAAUUGCUAGCAUAGAGCUAAUUGUGAACACACAGUCCUUGCUUGCGGUCCCUUCAGGAAUCUCGCCCUCGUUUCACUGAGCAGGCGAGAGAGGAAAGGUCAUCGCAUGUUUUUUUUAUAACUAUGUUAAUGUCUUCGGUUUGUAUUUAUAAUAUCCUCACUUACAUUGAUUUAUUCUGAGAAGAAACAGGAUGGAGGACGAGGAAGCGGUCCUUAUUUAUAACUUUUUGUGUCAUCAUUAAUUCCGUCAUAAUUAAGCAGAAUGAAUAUCUACUUUGAAAUUUAGGAAGAUUAGUUUACACACUGUUGUUACAUCAUCACAUACAUGUACACUGACAACUCUUAGUUUUUCUGUCAAUGAUGUAACUGAUUGCUCAACAUUACAGAGUGGGACCACUUUAGUUUCCGCAGCCUUUUAACCUUAGCUUAACGAGAACCAUAAAGCAGUUUCGACAGAGCCAAGUUUUUUAACGAUAGCCUGCCAGACAAAACCUAAAAUCCCAGUCAGAGAGAUAACGGAAACCGUGACGAUUUUCCUCAACUUGCAUCCUGCACUAAAAUACGUUGUUUUGAGCAAGCCAACACUUACAAUACACAACAUUUUACGUUUUUUUCCCCGACUAGCUCUGUUUUUUCAGGUCAGGCUUUGUGUUUCUAGCUGGCCUAUGACAUUAGUUCAACCUGCAGCUUGGUUAAGUGCCUUAUAAGGAACUGAUUGAGGUUAGAUGGUGAGCGUGUGUUAAUACGCUGUUUUGCUCAUUGAAGUUCUGAGUUCUGCGACUCCCCUUAUCACUCAUUGUUUGCCUGCCAAAUCAUUUCUACUAUAUUUGUAUUGUAAAAUAAAGGAAUUGACUUUAAACAUUU